AUGAAGUUUACCGCGGCAACAAUUCUACUUUUUGCGACUCUCGCGCUUGCCAGCCCGGCUCCCAUCGCCAACCCAGACGCGGUGGCCGAGCCCGUCACCAUCGAGACUCGCGAACAAUUCCGCAACGCACUAUCAGCACGCGAUGGGCUUACAGCGCCAGAAGUCCAGCUCGAAGAACGAUCAUCCAGCGGUGGCAAAGGAGGAAAAGGAGGCAAGGGAAGUGGGGGAAACUCCAGCAGCGCUGCGUCGGACAUGCUAUCGCCAAGCCGCGUCUUGCAGGUAGCUGCGCUGGGACUGGGUGUUGUAGAAGUUGUGAGGCUGUGGCCUUAG